UUCUUCAUCCCUCUUUCUAUCCCUCCUCACUCCACAUUGACAGCAGCUCUCAUCACAACUCAACACUGCUGUUGCCGGCAGGCUGAAGCACAUUCAGGCACACACACACGUUAAAUCCCACUCACUGACGCUGAGUGGCAUCUUCAGCACACACCAAGACGCCCUUGGACUGCUGCAGGCGAGGAUGAGGGUGUGGUCAUGGGAGCAGUUUGGGGAGACAGGUGUGGUCCUCCUUGGCUUCCUGACACUGGCCAUGUCUGUGGGAAACCUGUCGUCCAGAGGCCUGCAGGAGGAGGGCGCUGCGUCCAACAGCCUGGAGGACCAGCAGGAGGUCACCACCUACUGGUGGGGCGAGUGGGCCAAGUGGACGGCCUGCACCCGGACCUGCGGAGGGGGGGUCAUGUCCCAGGAGCGCCACUGCCUCAAACAGAGAAAGAAAGUUGCUGCUGGAAAGGACAACAUGACCUGCACAGGAACGGCCAAGAAAUACCAUCUCUGCAACACCGUAGACUGUCCCGCCUCUGGGAGGAGCUUCAGGGAGGAGCAGUGCUGGUCCUUUAACUCACAGCGUUACAGUGGGAGGAACUACCAGUGGAAACCUCUCUAUCCUGAUGAUUAUGUUCAUAUCUCCAGCAACCCCUGUGACCUCCACUGCACCACGACCGACGGCCAGCGGCAGCUCAUGGUGACGGCGCGAGACGGCACUUCCUGCAAGUACAGCAGCUACCGCGGCGUGUGCGUGGACGGGACGUGUGAGCCGAUCGGAUGUGACGGGGUUCUGUUUUCCUCCAACACGCUGGAUAAGUGCGGCGUUUGCCAGGGAGACGGCAGCAGCUGCAGCAGAGUCACCGGAAACUUCCGGCGUGGAGCCACAACGCUGGGUUAUUCUUUCAUCACCCAAAUCCCUGAAGGAUCCUGGGAUAUCCAGAUCAUCGAGAGGAAGAAAUCAGCCGAUGUUCUCGCUGUGACCGACCAGGCGGGAAACUUCUUCUUUAACGGCGCCUACAAGUUGGACAGUCCGCAGAACUUCCACGCCGCGGGAACCAUCUUUAAGUACCGGCGGCCCAUGGACGUUUACGAGACUGGGAUCGAGUACGUCGUCGCCAAAGGCCCCAUCGACCAGGCCAUAAAUAUCCUGGUGUGGAACCAGAACGGCCGGACGCCCUACAUCACCUACGAAUACACGGUCCUGCGGGACUCUCUGCCCCCCGUCCCGCCGCCGCCGGUCUACACCGGGUCGGAAACGUCCGCCGCCGAGGUGUCUGUGGAGGAGGACGGCCCCGCGUUGCCCAACGGCAGCGUCUACGAGCAGAAGGUUCCCGGGGGCCCGAUGGAGGCGGGCGGGGCCGACGGGCCGAAGGGCCAGGAGACCAACGAGGUGUUUGAGGAGACGACGGCCAUCGACUGCGACGAGGACGAAGCCGGGCUGCCGAAACUCACAGGAAACAGCAGCCAAACUCACGGCACCGCCAAGCCUCCCCCCGAUGAUGCCGCCCUGGAUACUGGGCCGGACUCCACCAACCUGAUCUGGCGGGUUCUGCUGGACGGACGGAUGGGUCCGGAUGAGCUGCUGAUCAACAUCUCCACCAACCAGCUGCUGACGGAGGGCGACACCCUGUUCCCCCCCGAGGCGGGCCUGAGCGACCCGGAGCAGCCGGCCAGCCCGCUAGACCUGAACGACACGCUGGAGUUCGCUCUGGGCCACAAAGGCAACGACAGCGGGGACAACCAGAACCGCGGGGACAACCAGAACCGCACGGCCCAGACCGGCGCCGGCCGCUCCAACAGAACCAGGGGGAAUCAGAGGUUCUUCCAGAAGAAUCUGAAGCUGAGCGCUGCAGACAUGUACCGCUGGAAACUUUCCUCCCAGGAGCCGUGCAGCAUGACCUGCUCCAUAGGCGUGUCCAAGUCCUUCGUCUCGUGUGUUCGCUACGACGGCGUGGAGGUCCACGACAUGUACUGUGACGCUCUGACUAGGCCAGAACCGGUCCACGACUUCUGCAUCGGCAGAGAGUGUCAGCCGAGGUGGGAGGCGAGCAGCUGGAGCGAGUGCUCCCGGACCUGCGGCGAGGGCUUCCAGUUCCGGCAGGUCCGCUGCUGGAAGAUGCUGUCCCCGGGCCUGGACAGCUCCGUCUACAGCGACCUCUGCACCAUGGCCGACCUGGAGCGCCCCCUGGAGAGGCGCGCCUGCAAGAGCCCCACCUGCGGUCCGCAGUGGGAGGUGGCGGAGUGGACGGAGUGCCCGGCGAAAUGCGGCCGUAAAGCUCAGGUGACGCGAGACGUCCGCUGCUCGGAUGAGACCCGACCCUGUGACCCCAUGACCCAGCCGCCAAACGUGAAGAACUGCACGGGGCCGCCCUGCGAGCGCCACUGGACCGUGUCGGAGUGGGGCCCUUGCUCCGGGUCGUGUGGCCACGGCCGGAUGGUCCGACAUGUUUACUGUAAGACCCCUGAGGGCCGCGUGGUUCCUGAACACCAGUGUUCCCCGGAGAACAAGCCUCUGGCCAUCCACCCCUGUGGAGAGAGGGACUGCGCUCCGCACUGGCUGAGCCAGGACUGGGAGCGGUGCAACACGACCUGCGGCCGCGGAGUGAAGCGGCGGAUCGUCCUCUGCGCCGGCGUCAGCGGAGGAAAGUUCCAGAUGUUUGAUGAAGAGGCGUGUGGAGGCGGCGAGAAGCCAGAGGAUGAAGCCACGUGUUUCGAGAGGCCGUGCUUCAAAUGGUACACCACGCCCUGGUCCGAGUGCACAAAGACAUGCGGCGUUGGCGUGAGGAUGCGGGACGUGAAGUGCUACCAGGGCAGGGAGUUGGUCCGGGGCUGCGACCCGCUCACCAAGCCGGUGGCCAAGCAGACGUGCACGCUGCAGGCCUGCCCCACCGAGCCUCCAGAUGAGAGCUGUCAGGACCGACCCUCCACCAACUGCCUGCUGGCUCUGAAGGUCAACCUGUGCAGCCACUGGUACUACAGCAAGGCCUGCUGCCACUCCUGCCGAGCCGUUCGGCCAUGACGGACCGGGACGCCGCAACUGCAGCGUCGCUUCAGCUCUCUUCAUAAAAACACACAAAUAUCUCCGCCGUUUCCCUCGUCUGGUCAAGUUUCUAUUGACCUGUCCAGCUUUUUAGUUAAAAUCAUCAGUGAUUAGCUUAGAUUGUUAUAAAUUUAAAGAUGUAGAAUUUGGAGGGCCGUUUGUAAAGUUACAGUCAAAAUUGAACAGAAAUAAUUUGGGUUAUUUAGCCUGUAAUAAUAGAAAACAAACAUAUUUUCAUCAGGUUUUUUUAUUAAUUCAUAAAUGUCACAGAUUCAAGCUACAUAGACAGCUAGCAAGCUAAAUACUUAAAUCCAAACUAAAUAUUUAGAUAUAUUUAGCUUGUAGCUAAAUAUUUAAUUUGAAGCUAAAUAUGAAUUUUUGUAACCAAAUAUUUAGUCAGCUCCACACUAAAUACUUAGCUUGCAAGUUAAAUACAUAACUCAAUAGCUAAAUAUUUAGGUUGAUGCUAAAUAUUCAGCUUUUUAGCUACAUAAUUAGUUUGGAGCUAAAUAUUUACCUUACUAAUUAAAUAUUGAAUCUAGUUAAAUAUGUAGCUUUUUUUAGCAGAAGAUUUAGUUAGCUUCACACUAACUAUCUAGCUUACUAUCUAAAUAUUUAAUUUAGCAAACUACUUAGGUUGUUUCCUAAAUAUUUAGUUUGAGGCUAAACAUUUAGCUUGCUAGCUAAAUACUUAGUUUGGAGCCAAAUAUUUAUUUGCCAAGAUAAAUAUUUGGCUAUAAGCUAAAUAGUUAGCUUGCUAAAUAAAUAGUUUGAAACUGUGACAUUUAGAAAUAAGUGACUAAAAGUUUAAAUAUGACUUUCAAAAACUGACUGGUUAACUUUACAAACAGAACUCAAUAGUAGUGAUCAUGUUUCAUCCUCUUGUUUUCAUCCUUAAAUUGAAACUCAUCGCCCCCUACUGGCUUGGCAUGCUCACUUCAGCACCGUUUGGAUUCUUUUCCAGAUUCUUGAGAUAUUUUUUCCGGAUAAUAUCCGGGACAGUCCAAUCGAGGCCUUUUGUUUUUAAAGCAGCUACUGUGAAUAAUGAGGAAACGUUUUUAAAAAGCAGAACUUUAUUACAUGAUUUUGUUUCCUUUUUUGCUACACAGACUGUAAGUCCUUUAGUAUCAGUUGUUAUUGAUUAUUUAUCAGUUAUCAGUUCUGCUGUCGAGCCGAAGAUGAAGAUGAUUUUACACCUUGUGUCAUGUUCUUCGCUGCAGCAAAAAUCCUAAAUUAUUUCCCAGCUAAAUAUCCUGCAUGACUUUAUUACAGACAGUGUUGAUAUUUAAUGUGGUUUUGGUGUCCGGCUCGCUGCAGCACCAUGUCAGAAACAUUCCCGUUGGACCCGCCUGCACCGUGCGGGAGCGUAUUUAUUAGUCGUAGCACAUUUUCAUUUAUCGUGACGGUCCCGACGCCAGCUGACGGUUCUCAGUCGGGUCAACUGAUGCCAGUUCUGGUCUGGUUCUCCGGAGCGCAGACAGACAGAUUCCUGACACUUGAAGUAUGGCUGAAAUGUACUCAGAUGUGUAUUUUAAACUGUUGGUACUGUGUGUUUUUAUAUAACUGAUACCUCUUUGUACAAAACUGAAGUAUGAACAUUGUGUACUGUUAAUAUUAGCUGAAAACAUGAAGGUACUUUAAUUUCCAUUAAAUAACAGCUCAAAUGAAAAUGUUUUCUUUUUUGUUAUUUUCUCAAUUUAUAAACAACAUGUCCAGAUGUGAGAUUAUGGGUCAUUUUUAUAUAUUUUAUAAAAUCUGGAGCUGUGUCUCUGUUGUCUCUCUGACUCAAACUACUUUACUGAAAUCAACUUUUAAUUUUCUAUUUUAAAGUUUGAACAAAGAUCAAAAACUCCCAGCUUGACUUUCAAACUUAUGACGGAGUUUAGAGGCCAUAUUAAGUUUAUAAAAAAAAAUAAAAUGAGGUGAAUAAAAUAAUAAAAUUACAAGAAUUAAAUUGCAAUACUUCAUUCUUGUAUUUUUUGGACUUUAUUCUCAUAACAAAAUUCUCAUAACAGACAAUUUCUACAAAAGUUUCACUUUAUUUGUAACUGUUUUUGUGUGUAAAGUUUAUGGUUUUAUACAUGUCAGUCCCUCAUAAGGAUCCUGUCUCUGAAAAACAGUUUCAUUUACAGUAAUAUUUAAUAUAUUAAUAAAUGUUUUCUGUUCCUGGAACUAAAACCGGUUCAGCAUACACUCUUUAAACAUUUAAAGGCAGUUUGCUGAGGAACAUGAAUCAACAUUUUUUAUUUUUACGAGUUUAAGUGAAAACAAACACGAAGUGAAAUGUGUGCUAAUAUUAAUAUUUAAACAGUGGAUCUCCAUCACUUACAGGAAUAACACAAAGAAGCUAAACUUACAUUAUAAUAAGUUUUUUUUUAUCUGAAAAUUGAAUCUAUUUACCAAUUUAUUUGAAACAUUAUCAGAAUUAUUUUGUUUCCUUGAAUAAAAUCUGUUAAAAUAUGUAACUUAUUUUUUUAAAAGUUAGAUUCUUACAUAUAUGUUAAAACUAUCAUUAUGUCGUGAUAGAAUAAGACAGAUAAUCUAAAGAGCUCCUUUGCUUUCUCCCUGUCGUCCUACUGCCAUCUGCAUAAAUACACUGUUCCUGGCGCUGUCAAUCAUCCUCCUGUAUGCAGCGCUCACUUCCUCUGCUUUCUCUCUGCUGUUACAGCUCCUUCUAUACAGCCUGUCAUGAAUGCUAAGGAUCGUUAGCAUAGCCAUAGAUGAACAGUGAGUUGCUUCUCUGCCGUUAGCACAUUGAGCAGCACAUACAUGUGAAUGAUUGCCAGCGCUAAGACCCUCCUCCUGGCUCUAAUUGGUUGUUUCUGUUGGAUUUCUGCAGACAGAAGGUGGAGGAGAUCAAUUUCUUUCACAGAUUACCUGUCUCAUAUGGUGAUUUUUCUAAAGUUACAUUCUGCAGCUUUAAAUCUACUCGUAUGUUUUUAUUUAAAUCCAUAAAGAAACAUCAGCAAGUCUCUCAUUUGGUGGUCUAGCUACCACAGAUUCAGAUAUAUUGGUUAUAAAUGAUCAUUUUGAUGCUGACAGACAGAAUCUGUUCAGAAACCGUUUUCAGCUGCAGACAGUUUUCCACGGCGUAUCAGAGCCACUGCAGGUGGAAAGAAGGAAUCAUUUCUGAUGUUUGAAACUCAGAAAUGUCUUUUUCUCAAACAUUUCAGAGAUUUUUUUUUACAAAUGAACAUA